UUGACGUAAUUUCUCAGUCAACUGUUACUUUUUAGAUGAAUUUUCAGCUAUCGUUGAAAGGUGUCUGAAUAUAAAAAAAUGUUCGAUCGAAAGAUGUUUAUUGCAUUAUUUUUCACCGGCUUCGUAUUUUGUGACCUCUUGAUUCCAACUGUUGUUGGAUUACCCGAGGGUGAUCUUGAGUUACCUCAUAUUUCCUCCAUAAAAGCCCGUCUUGCUGAAUCUUUUCACAAGCCAUUGACGUCAUCAACUCGAGAAAAUAUCAACAAAUUGAAUAAAUUCGACAAUCCCUAUAGAAAAGCAUUUGUCGAUUCUUUACCCAUUCAACCUCAGGCCGUGACACCAAAUGAGGAUGACACACCUUCAUUAUCCGACUCUCAACCAAACAUAACUGAAACUGAUCUCGAUGAAUCACGACCUGAAUUUGACAAGAGUUCGUACGAUGCUAUUUUAACGUCAUUGAAGGCAGAAAUGCCAAAAAUCGCCACUCGGAACAGAAAUGUUAAGCCAAAAGGCACCAAAGUUCUACCAACUGCAUCCCGAACAGAUGAAGAUAAAAACAUGACGGUCAGAGAUAGAGUGAAGAAAAUUGAAAAUCGCAAUAAACCUAUGGGGCGGGUACAAGUCAAGGAUCAAAACAAACUCAAAACAAUCCCAACAGAAACUGAUCCAUCUGAGUAUCCAGUUCAGAAGAAAAUUAAUUUAUAUGAAGAAAAGAUUACAAAUAAUAUGAAAAAAUCUGAGCAAUUUUGCAAAUAAAGAAUGACAUUUUUGACAAUUUUUCAACAUA